CUCGCCUCGGCUCCGCCAGCUGUUUUGCGACGGGAACUUUCACGACUUUGCCGGAGAACGGGCUUUCAGUUUACGAUAGCUGCUCCAGACUCAAGAUCCUGAAGCCGGCAUGGGGAAACCCCGCAGGAAAGUGGAGUUCAGCCAUGCUGAGCGGAUGAUGAUGACAAUUGCCGAUGUCCUCAAAGAGCUGAUUGAAGCCCAUGAGCAAGGGAAGGAUGUCAACCUUAACAAAGUGAAAACAAAGACUGCUUCAAAGUACGGACUGACCUCACAGCCCAGGCUCGUGGACAUUAUUGCAGCUGUGCCUCCUCAGUACAAGAAGGUGUUGGUGCCAAAACUGAAAGCAAAACCCAUACGGACAGCCAGCGGGAUUGCUGUGGUUGCAGUGAUGUGUAAACCACACCGAUGUCCUCACAUCACCUUCACGGGAAAUAUUUGUGUGUACUGCCCUGGGGGCCCAGACUCUGACUUUGAAUAUUCAACCCAGUCUUACACAGGAUAUGAGCCGACAUCAAUGCGAGCCAUACGUGCAAGAUAUGACCCCUUCUUACAGACAAGGCAUCGUGUGGAGCAGCUGAAACAAUUGGGGCACAGUGUGGACAAGGUCGAGUUCAUUGUCAUGGGUGGGACGUUCAUGGCACUCCAGGAGGAAUACAGGGACUACUUUAUCCGGAGCCUGCACGAUGCCCUCUCUGGGCACACCUCCAGUAGUGUGGCAGAGGCUGUCAAGUACUCUGAGCGUAGCAAUACCAAAUGCGUUGGGAUCACGAUUGAGACCAGACCAGACUACUGCCUGAAACGCCACCUCAGUGACAUGCUGCAGUACGGGUGCACACGACUGGAGAUUGGAGUGCAGAGUGUCUAUGAAGAUGUAGCCAGAGACACCAACAGGGGUCACACAGUCAGAGCUGUGUGCGAGUCAUUUCAGCUGGCAAAGGAUGCUGGCUUUAAAGUUGUGGCACACAUGAUGCCUGACCUCCCUAACGUUGGUCUGGAGCGAGACAUCGAGCAGUUCAUAGAGUUCUUCGAGAAUCCUGCUUUUCGCCCUGAUGGUAUGAAGCUGUACCCCACAUUGGUGAUCCGUGGCACGGGACUCUAUGAGCUCUGGAAAACCGGCCGAUACAAGAGUUACUCACCCAGCACACUGGUGGAUUUAGUGGCUCGCAUUCUCGCACUUGUACCCCCGUGGACACGAGUAUAUCGCGUUCAGAGAGAUAUUCCAAUGCCUCUAGUGAGCUCUGGGGUGGAGCAUGGAAACCUGCGAGAACUAGCCCUGGCCAGGAUGAAGGACUGGGGAACUGAGUGUCGAGAUGUUCGAACGAGAGAGGUUGGGAUCCAGGAAAUUCAUCAUAAGGUCCGACCGUAUCAGGUGGAACUGGUGAGAAGAGAUUACGUUGCGAGCGGUGGCUGGGAAACAUUCCUGUCAUACGAAGAUCCUGAGCAAGACAUUCUGAUCGGGUUACUCCGCUUGCGGAAGUGCUCUGAAGAAACUUUCAGAGCAGAGUUAAAGGGGGGAGUCUCUAUUGUGCGGGAGCUCCAUGUGUAUGGCAGUGUGGUACCUGUUAGUGCAAGGGAUCCAUCCAAGUUCCAGCAUCAGGGUUUCGGAAUGCUUUUAAUGGAGGAGGCUGAGCGGAUUGCUCGGGAGGAGCACGGAUCUUCCAAAAUUGCAGUGAUUUCAGGGGUUGGUACAAGGAACUACUAUAGGAAGAUUGGUUACGAAUUGGAAGGUCCCUAUAUGGUCAAGCAUCUGAACUGAGCUCACUCUUUCCCUGGAGUUGCUGAACACAAAGCUGUGUGCAAGUCCUGACCCUGGGCAGCUGUGCUCCUAAAAGAAAACACCUUUGCUGCAUCACCACAGGGUUUUAGUGCUCAGUUGAGCUUCUGAUCCAUCACUCCUGGUCUAGGGAUACACAGAUUAUUGUACUGCUUUAGACAGUGUGAUACAUCUUCAUUGGAGAUGUGUACUGAUCGUUGAUUGAUGCAACACACACUGUUACAAGGGAAUAAGUUGCACCUCUGGUACAAUCUUCAGUUGUCUUCAGUAUCAAUAUCCCUACAGUUAAAGGAGGUAUUUGAAUUACCUCAGAAGGUAAAUGGUGGUUAGGGUAUUUAAGUAUUAAAUGAGUCCAGCCUUUUGGCCCCAGUAGAAAUGCAUUUCCAGGUAUGGAUCAAUCCCUUAAUGAAGAACACCAUCCCAUUAUCCUUUUUACUUGUGUGGGCCUUUGCCACACUGGCUCAAUUUUGAACUAGUUUCCUUUCCCUCUGAUCACAGUUGCACUAAGAUCCUUCUCAGUCCCCCUCCUUAUAUAGGUGGGGUCAGGUAACUCAAGCAAAACAGUGUUCGAACUGCAACAUAAAACUGCCUCAGUAGGUUGGUGACAAGUGAUCUACUCCAACCAAUCCCACAACCGACUACAGCUGAUCCUGGCACAACAAGCAAGUUCUGAGGAGAGUUAUCAAAUGGUAGGAGACACCCCUUGCACUGGAAACUCAUUGUUCAACAGCAAAGAUCAGGUUUUUCUGGGCAAAGUAGUAAAGUUUGUAAUUGUUUUCAUCUGUAAACUCAGUAAGUGAACUGAGCACUUUUAAACAUCUUUAAUAAAAAAUGUUUUCUU